UCAAAGAUGGCGGAAGUUUUGAGGUUUUGAGAACAAGUUUUGGGAGGGAAAUUUCGUCUCUUUUCUUGAAAGAUUUGCAACGUUAAAGAUAUGGCUGAACCACCGUCUAAAAGGUUGAAAUCCCCGAAAGAAGGAAAAGGCGCUCCGUGCAUUUUGUCAAAGCCUGCAGUUCAAGACUUCUUCAAUGGAGUUAAAGCACAUAUUAUUGAGAACGGUUUAGGUAAGACUAGAGCUAGUAUCCUUGCAGAAAAACUCGUAAARCACGGAGGAAAGCAUCAUAAGAAAGUAGAAAAAGACACUACUCAUAUUGUGUUUGCACAGAGCAUAAAGGUUGAGAGGGUAGCUAAGCUUGCAGGUCUUGGGGAUAAAGCAAUUCCUGAGAAUGUAGUCCUGGUAUGGGCAGACUGGCUGAGUAAAUGCCUGGCUGAGGGAAAACUAGUUAGUCAGCAACAGUAUUUACCAAGAGUAUCUGGUACCACCAAUGAUAAUGAAACAAAACUGACAGGUGGUGAUAUCAGGGAUUCAAAAACCCAAGUUGAUGAUGAUUCAAAAUGUGUUCAAGAUAGUGAGAGCAAAAAUUUGUUAGAAGAAUCCAAAUCAGAGCAGAAGCAUGGUGCAGAGACAAGUCAUAAGUUUGAAAAAAAGUUAGAUAAAGAGGACAGUGACAGUGAUUUUGUUGACAGUGCCGAUGAGCAGGAGUCAUCAAAUAUCGCUAGUAAAUGCUCCCCAGAGAAAACAAAAGGAACUUGGAUAUGUGCUGCACCUUCAACUUCCAAAGGGAUGAACCACAAUCAAAAUAUAACAGAUAAGCUUCAAGUGCUUGCUACAUCAUACACAAACACUAAAGACCAGUGGAGAGCCCUUGGGUACAAAAAAGCCAUAGCAUCAAUAAAAGCCUAUCACAAAAAGAUUGAGACUUGGGAAGAAUGUAGUAAGCUCCCCUUCGUUGGGGAAAAGCUUGCCAAGAAAAUAUGGGAGAUAGUUGAGACAGGGCAUUUGAGGAGACUCGAUCAUUUAGAUCCUAAGAUUGAGGCUAUCAAUUUGUUURCUGAUGUUUGGGGAGCAGGACCAAAGACUGCAGAAUUGUGGGUUUCUAAAGGAUUGAGGACCUUGGAGGAUCUUACAAAGCAUGGGAACUUGAAUAAACAGCAGCAGAUUGGCUUGAAGUAUUUUGAGGAAUUUCGUGAGAGGAUGCCAAGAGAAGAGGCAGGAAAAAUAGAGGAACAGGUGCACAAUGCUGCCAAUGAAAUUGACCCUGGUCUUGUCUGUGAAACUUGUGGCUCAUAUYGCCGUGGGAAACCAACCUGUGGGGAUGUUGACGUCCUUAUUUCUCAUCCCGAUGGUAAAUCCCAUCAUGGUGUGUUGAAAAAGAUUCUAGAAAACCUAAAAUCCAUAGGYUUUGUGACAGAUGACCUGAUAUCAAUUCAUAAUUUGGAGCAGAAUAAAUACAUGGGUGUUUGCAAGUUACCAGGAAAUCAGACUAAACACAGGCGCUUGGACAUUAUUGUUGUUCCACAUAAUGAAUGGGCCUGUGCACUUGUGUAUUUUACUGGUUCAGAUUAUUUCAACAGGUCUGCAAGACUCUUAGCUAAGAAAAAUGGAAUGUCAUUGUCUGAGAAAUCACUGAACACAGGAGUUAUUAGACAGGGUGGUGAAAAGRUGUUUGAGGGGACACCUUUGCCUGUUUUCAGUGAGAAAGAUAUCUUCAAGUAUUUAGGAUUAGAGUAUAGAGAACCAGUAGAAAGAGACUGGUAAAUAAUUAUAGAGGCGAUAAUUCAAAAUUAUAUCUACUUCUGUAUUAAGGUAUUUGCUACACACUCUCAAUUGGAACUUAAAACUUGCUGUGGAUUAUCUUUUUUGUAUUUACUGUCGUUCUAUUUUAACCGUGAACACUUGAGUUUGUCGACCAAUCAGAUUAGAAGUCGAAAACAAUAGAAUUCGAGUUACAUGUCACUAUUCAAAAGAUGAAAUAAUAAAAGAGAAAGAAAAAAAGUAUAUUUACACAAAUAAGAAAAUGAAAAAAAAUAAACUUGAGUGUUAACGGUUAGAGUAAAACGACAGUAACCUUAUUUCUUCCUCAAUGAUCUCUCAUCUUUUUAAAAAUAGUAAUGAAAAAUUGAGUGUUAAGACAGAUAAGAAAGGGUAAAAGUAUACACAAUUCUUUUUCUCUUGUAGGUAAUUAUAGCAAUGAUAAUAGGAUGUAACGAUAAAAGGCUUAUGAAGAUAUGAUUGUAAAGUCAUCAAGCUUGUAAAUAUUGUAAAUAGUAUGAACAAUAGUCUGCAAUAAAUGCUGCUCUUCCGA